CCCGCCGAGGCUGUGGGCAUGAGUGCAGAGGCCCCCCGGCUGGUUGCCACGGCAGCACGGGCACAGGCAGGAGUGCAGAGGGCCCUGGCAGGGGAAUCCCCUCUCACACCUGGUGGCAGCAGGAACCCUGGGCCGUGGCUGGGCCCCAGGAGGCAGGCUGGAGACUGACGGAGCAGUCACUGCAGCUGCCCGCAGGCACAAGGUACAGGGCUGUCCCUGCAGGUCCAUCCAGAGGACACCACGUCGUCACGGCUCAGCACCGAGCAGCCUGGAGCCUGCGAUGGCCCCACGCUGAGAUACCUGGCCUGGCCAGGCCUAGGUGGGGAAGAGUCCCAGGACAGGUCCCAGGUGGGCAAGGCCUGGGAGAGAAGGCUCAUCUCUCUCUGGGGGACAAUGAAAAGGAAGAAACUGUGUGGCUGAAGCUCAAGCCAGAGACCAGCUGGAAGGUGGGCUGUGUUCUACCAGGCCCCCUGGGUGCCACGAGCUGGGCUGGAAGAAGCCUUGGGAUUUCCUGCUUUGGAAGCCUGUUGGGGAGCACUGAGAGCCUGGCUCUCGUGGCUGGCUGCUGUCCCAGUGCCGGAUGACAGAGCCAGGAUGGAGAGUGCCAAGAAGGACAAGGUGGAGCAGAUCCUGGCUGAGUUCCAGCUGCAGGAGGAAGACCUGAAGAAGGUGAUGAGGCGGAUGCAGAAGGAAAUGGACCGAGGCCUGAGGCUGGAGACCCACGAGGAGGCCAGUGUGAAGAUGCUGCCCACCUAUGUGCGCUCCACCCCUGAAGGCUCAGAAGUUGGGGACUUCCUCUCCUUGGACCUGGGCGGCACCAACUUCCGGGUGAUGCUGGUGAAGGUGGGGGAGGGGGAGGCAGGGCAGUGGAACGUGAAGACCAAGCACCAGAUGUAUUCCAUCCCUGAGGAUGCCAUGACUGGCACCGCUGAGAUGCUCUUCGAUUACAUCUCCGAGUGCAUCUCUGACUUUCUGGACAAGCAUCAGAUGAAACAUAAGAAGCUGCCCUUGGGCUUUACCUUUUCCUUUCCUGUGAGGCACGAAGACAUCGACAAGGGUAUUCUUCUCAACUGGACCAAGGGCUUCAAGGCCUCAGGAGCAGAGGGGAACAACAUCGUGGGACUCUUGAGGGAUGCCAUCAAACGGAGAGGGGACUUUGAAAUGGAUGUGGUGGCGAUGGUGAAUGACACCGUGGCCACAAUGAUCUCCUGCUACUAUGAAGACCGCCGGUGUGAGGUUGGCAUGAUUGUGGGCACAGGCUGCAAUGCCUGCUACAUGGAGGAGAUGCAGAAUGUGGAGCUGGUGGAAGGGGAUGAGGGCCGUAUGUGCGUCAACACCGAGUGGGGCGCCUUUGGGGACUCUGGCGAGCUAGACGAGUUUCUGCUGGAGUACGACCGCGUGGUGGAUGAGAACUCGCUGAACCCAGGCCAGCAGCUGUACGAGAAGCUCAUCGGCGGCAAAUACAUGGGCGAGCUGGUGAGGCUCGUGCUGCUCAAGCUCGUGGACGAAAACCUGCUCUUCCACGGGGAGGCCUCGGAGCAGCUGCGCACGCGCGGUGCCUUCGAAACACGCUUCGUGUCGCAGGUGGAGAGCGACUCGGGCGACCGCAAGCAGAUCUACAACAUCCUAAGCACGUUGGGGCUGUGCGCCUCGGCCGCCGACUGCGACCUGGUGCGCCGCGCCUGCGAGAGCGUGUCCACGCGCGCCGCGCGCAUGUGCGCCGCGGGGCUGGCGGGCGUCAUCAACCGCAUGCGGGAGAGCCGCAGUGAAGACGUGAUGCGCAUCACCGUGGGCGUGGACGGCUCGGUGUACAAGCUGCACCCCAGCUUCAAGGAGCGGUUCCACUCCAGCGUGCGCAGGCUGACGCCCAGCUGCGAGAUCACCUUCAUCGAGUCCGAGGAGGGCAGCGGCCGGGGCGCGGCCCUGGUUUCUGCGGUGGCCUGUAAGAAGGCCUGCCUGCUGGGCCAGUGAGAUCACAGGCCACGUGGAGCGCUGCAGACCUCCGGCCGCUGGACCUGGGCUUAAGAGGACACGCUCCCUGCAGGCGCUCCCAGCCUGGCCCGGUCUCCUUGUAAGGACCCUGGGCGCCUCCCAUCCCUGAUACCACUGCUGGAACGUGGGGAAAGGCUCCCGGCAGUCCUCUCUCAAACGCAGUUGAUGGGACAGCCCUAGAGCCUUGACUGGGAGGGAGCUGAGAUGGGCAGGAAUGGAGACCCCCAAAGUCCCUCACCUUUCUUGCUGGAAUCGAGGACCCAGAAGAGAGUUGCCCAGUCAGGACUUUGUGCCUGCCUCCUGAUGCUUUCAGCCUGGCUUGGCCACACCUGGGCAGCAACUCCGGAAAGGGGGUGCUCUCUGGGCCCUGUUGUGGCCUGGCCUCCCUGGGAAUUCAACAAGCACAGAGGCAGCACCCCCCUCACCACCUAGGGUUGGUGCCAGACCUAGCGUUCCCCAGGGGGUGGGGGGCAGCUGCUUGCUUGCCUCGUGUAGUCGUUGGAAGUGGAGGCUGCAGGUACCCUGAGGACUGGAGAUGGCAGUCCCUUUUCCCUCCCAUACUGCCAUUUCAGGAGGCCAAGCCUCCAAAGCCCCUGCCCUGGGGGGCCCUGUAACAGCAGAAGCUCCCCCAACCCCCAGGCAGGCCUGGGAGCACCUCCAGGAUGUAAAGGGCUCCCAUGGGAGAAAGAUACCCAGGGCAGCACAGCUCGCACCCAAGGGACCACCUGGGCCCCUCUUUGCUUCCCAGAUCCCCAUGUACCACACCAUCCUCUCCAUGGCCACCUUGGGUAGGACUGUGUGGUAUUUUUUUAAUUAAAAGUUUAAAAAAGGCUAGAGCAUGGCCUUGUCCACCAUUCUUUGACCUCUGUGCACAAGGACUAUGGACAGUAUAUAGACAUGCUCAUGCGCACAAGGAUGCUUUCAGGCUUCGCAUGUCUUGGAAUUCACCAUGCCCUUAGCCCAGCUACUCUGGGCUGUGCUGAGCAACAGAACAGGCUGUAGGAACAGAAAUGGGGUGGCCUGGAUGGGUGGGGUGAGACUGCCUAUGGGAUGCAGAUGGUGGGUCUACUGGUUUCUAAUUGCUCAGUAUCUCAGGUCUCCAGAAGUCCCCAGGAGUGUCUGGGAAGGAGUGGGGGGUCCGUGGGUUGAGGCUGAUGUCUAGGGGCUUGUCCUGCUGCAGGUUGGUCUCAACAGGAAUACCUUGGAGCCACAAGGGCAGUGCCUGAGGGUCAGGGAUACAUGAAGUCAUGUCAUUUCCGAGGUCCUUCCAGAUGCUGCUGGGUGGUGGGCCUAUGUUGUGGCACUUCUACAGCCAGGCUGGGGGCCUAGUGCGCUGUCCCACAUGGACACGGUUACAUGCAAGCACACACUGUAUGACUUCAGCAUACGUUCACUUAUCAGUGAGAGAGACUUCCUGUCAAACCUGGGCUGAUGGUGUUUUGUGUAGAACCCACAGAGACUGGCAAUCUGAAGCAGUCUCACCCUGCCUGGAUGUUCUUUCUCUGGUGUGUCUCAGGUGGGACUGCCUCUCACCUUCUCAGUGCUCCUGAAUUGGAUUCAUGCAUCAGAAGCUUGUGCAAGUAUCCCGUUACUUCAUCAUCACUGCUCACAUGCUGAAUCUCAUUUUAAUACAGGUUACUUCCUGCUUGUCCCUUGUUACAGUUCAGGGCAUUUGUAUGAUUUUUUUCAGAUCCUCUGUUAUAUGUACUAUGAAUUUAUUUUCAGGAGAGUAACGGCCAUGUUAUAAAAUCCUUCCUUGUUAUACAGAAGGGCAUUGGGCCAUGGACGGGAAGCCCUCCCUGCUCUACCAGCUGGGCUCUCUGUGUUCCUCACUCACAGGGCUGUGGGGCUGCAGAGCUGGGACCGGGAGCAGCCAGUGCCCCACCCCUUCUGUUCUAGAAAGUCCUGAGCCCCCAGCCCCUCUUUGCCCUGGACCUGCAAGGAGACUGGAAGGCUGCUGCUGCAGGACAGCCAAGGGUGCCUGGGCCCCUCACUCCAUGGCUGAGUCCCCAUGAGGGCCCAUGACCCAC